ACUAGGGGGCUCGUAACGGCUUUAUCGAUACUUCCGGUAGACAAAGUUGCCCCUGGAAGUUUGUCCUCGGCCCCCAGCCGGAGCAGUCACUUUAUGCCAAGAUGUCCGUUGUACGAAUUAAUCCUCGCUUAGCCUCCGUGGCCGCCCGCCAGCGGCAGUCGCGGUCUACCCGGAUGACCCGGCACAGCAUCUUCACUUUGAAAAGGCCCAUUCCCUUCCAGGUGCGCAAGUCGUUGGUGGAGUAUGUGGACAUGGAGCUGGCGGAUAUGGAUACCUCGGUGUUCUAUCAGCGCAUAUACAUUCUGGCCAAAAACUGUCAUUUAACGCCGGUGGAAUCUGAAGAGGAGUUGCCAACCGAAGUGGUGGGGGACCAGGUUGAACCCGAACCAGUUGAAACGGAAGGCAUGACAUUUACCGCCGAAGUUGUAGUGGAAUCCGAAGACGAUUCUCCCACUACAACAAUGGGAGAAGCAGCGCCUAUCCCUCAACCGGAGGAUGGUGGCCGGGACACUGCGGAACACGAAAAGGAAUUGGCCACCCACACGUUCCGUUUCAGCGAGGUGGAUGUUGUAGAAGAGCUGGAGAUUGAAGAGCAUGAAGUCGAACCAGAAAUUCAAGCGCCUGACAAGCCCAAGGACUUCUUCGCCAUCUUUUGCGAGCAUUUGCAGGAGUUGCAUAAGCAAUGCAAGGCGCAGUCCAUCACCCCGGAUCCCUUAUGCGGAUUAUUCCUCCAUAUGGGCGACUAUACCAUGCUGAUGUUGGAGUCCUCCGAGGAUAUGAUUGGCUGCUUCAGUCGGGCCUUGGCCAAUAGCUGCGAGAACUACUGGGUGAUGAACCGCGUCUUCCAGAUCGAGGAUCACAUUCAAGAAUUGUUCACCAAGGAUCUUAUCUUCCGCCGUAUCCCUGCUGUCUUUCUGAACGAGAAGUUUCCCACCUCUACGCCCACCGAUGAGUAUCUGAUGGGAAAGCAGCAUCUGAUCAUUAAAGACAAACUGUUGACCAUCUGCCGGCUGAUCUCAGAUGGCCAGCAGCUGGAUCCGGAUGGGUUCUCCUUGCACGACAGUGAUCUCGAAGAUGACUUGCCAAAGUCCAAGUCCAAGACUUCGAUCCAAAGUGAACAUUUGCAGGCGGACGUGUAUCGCAAACACCUGCCUGAGAUCCAGCGGAUCGAGCUGGUUCUGGCCUCCACGCGAUUCUACUACGAGCUGAACGAAUUCGCCGAUGUCUACGGUCGGGUGCCCUUCGGUCCCGACGAGGAGGGACUCUUCUGGCCCAUCCAGAACAACUACACACCUCCGCACAUCUUCCGGCGCACUCCCUAUGACAUAAAUCUUACAUUUGCGGAUUAUGCGUUGCAGGUUAACAAGAGGAAAACCCAUGAGAGCCUGGUCGGGAGUUUUGAAGCCGAGGAGGAGGAGGAGUCCCCGCAAAAAGAAACUCCUCCGAAAACCGAAUAGCGGUUCUUAAUUUUCGUUUUAUUUCGGUUUAAGUUUUGUCUUUCGCUUUUAAUAAAUAAUUGUUGAGAA